UUUUUUUUUUUUUUUUUUUUUUAAAGAACAUCAAUGCAGAGAUAGAACAUGGUUUGGUUGGUGAAGAGAUUUUCAUACAGGAGCAAAGUUGAUGGGUUAGUUGGUGGAUAUUUAAGUUUGAUGCAAGCUUUGUAAAAUCCCAAAUGGUAUUUGGGUAUAAAUGGCUUCUGAGGAAGGUUAAAUCCAGCCUUGUGUGGAGGUUAGCUCUGAGGCCAAGAAUCUCAGAGGCCUGCCUGGUGAGCUAUGAGGCUUUGCUGGUGUUUUGUUAUUUUUGUUUUGUUUUUGUUUCUUUUCCUUCUUCCUUUACAAGUUUCAAUUGAUUAGGACCAUGGCUUUGGGAAUUGGAAGGAAGAGGUGAAUUGAGAAUUUUCCUGGACACCUACAUUGAGUGCUGAUGCUCAAAAGAGCAGGGGUGUGUGUGGCUAGAAAGGUUUGAAUGGGGGAUUGUGAGGAUGAGGAUGUCUAGAAGGGUGUGAAUAUGGGAGAUGGUGUGUGUGUGUGUGUGUGUGUGUGUGCGCGUGUGUGCGUGUGUAUGCAGAAAUCACAGUGGAGAAGAGCUCAGAAUGAUAAACUCAGGAGAGGGUGACUGUGAUUAUUAUGUGUAAAAUAGAUUGAUUAAGAGGAACCGGGAAUCCAUAGGAGAAGCAUUGGAUCUUAGGUCAUAACCCUAAGGCAUAGACAGCGUUGGAAACCACUAGGCUUUCAAAUGUUCUAAGGGCAGAAUUCAAGGCUUCUACUUAAUGUCAAUGGUUUUUGAAGCUCUGUCUAUUGAACACAACCAAAGAGAACAUUCGAAAUCAACACUGUGACAUACAACUACUUGCCCUUUACAGUCAAAGAGUUUUCAGUAUUUGUCUAAAUCGAAUGUUGUAGGAAUUUCCAGCUAGAAGUAGUUUUAUUUUUUUAAAUAAAGUUUUUUUCAAUAAAAAUGUGGUGGAGCUAUUAAGUAGAAAUGGUUUUUAAAUGAUUAGAUUUUGGUUCUUUUAUGUAGAACAGAAAUGGCUGAUGAAUCUAAGUUUUAAUUUUUCUUUUAAGGUCAUAGUUUUUUUAAUUUGUUUUAAGUAGAGUUUUAUAAGCGAGUGUCCUUGAAGUUUAUUUUAAUAAAACCCUUUAAUGUUGUAUAUGGAAGCAGAGACUUGAGACUGAUUGAUUUAAUGUUAUCAAAGUUUAUACAAGUCUUUAAAAAGAGAUGGUUGGAGACCAAACCUCGAGGUACUGACAGUUUUCCCUCCCCUCCUUUUCCUUGUGUCUAUAUUUUCCUUUAUGUCUUCAUCUAUUUUGUUACACCAUUGCUAACUGUGACCCAUUUCAAACUUCACACCAGGUAGGCCAGAGUGCUACAAAUAUUUUAUCAAAUGGAGUAGCACACACUCCUGAUAAACAGUGAUAAAUAUUUGUUUGGAAAAGAAUUGUGCCCAAGGUAAGUUUUAGCCAAGGCUAGUUUUUCAAACUGUUUUUAGUUUGGGCCAUUGAGCUUUUAUAUGUGCAGCUGACAUAACUCAUUUUCUAUCCUGCCUUUCUAUCAGAUGACUGUGUCAAUAGUACUGAGGAAGCAGUAACUAAAAAUUGUAAAGUUUGGGGGCAAGCAUGGUGGCAUAGGCCUAUUUAAAUGCUAGCGGAGGCAAAGGCAGGUAAAUCUUCGUGAGUUUGAGGCCAGCCUGGUUUGUAGACAGCACUGUGUAUAGUACAUUCCAGGAUAGUUGGAACUACAUAGUAAGACCAGAUCUAAAUAAUAAUAAUAAUAAUAAUAAUAAUAAUAAUAAUAAUAAUAAUAUAGUAGUAGUAAUAAAAUAUAACAACAACAACAAUAAUGAUAACAAUAAAGAAAGAUGAAUACCAAAAGAGGGGGCUUUCCCUUCACUGUAGGAUUGGCAGCCUGUGACAUAGUCAUAACCUCUUAGAGCUGAAUUGUCUAUUUCUCUAUCUCUUUUGUUGGUGGUAUUUUUUUCCAAAGGAGAAUUUUGCAAGUUUUCUUUGUUUAAUUCAUGACACUAGCUCAUGCUUCUGUGGAAAUAUAGAACACGUUAAAGAACAUAAGGCAGUCAGCAGUGUGGUUAUUUUUAAUACUUUCAUUUUUUUUUAACAUCAGAGGGAAAAUCCCUUUUGGAAUAAAUCAUUUUUUAAAAAAAUGGUAUGAUUCAGUGUCAUGGUUAAUGAUUUCCUUGAGCUGUUUCUCUCUUAAUGUAUUUUGUUGUUGCUUGAUGUUUAUUUUCAAUGGUUUAGUGGGGGAGGUCCUAAGAAGCAUCUGUUACUCUGAUAUACAUAUACAUAUAUAUAUAUGUGUGUGUGUAUAUAUACAUAUACAUAUAUAUAUGUGUGUGUGUAUAUACGUAUACAUAUGUAUAUAUAUAUAUAUAUGAUUAUAUGAUUAAUUUAUCAGGAUCUCAAGUUACCUGUUUUUUAUUUAUUCUUUAAGAAUUUCAUAGUGUAUACAAUGAAAUACAAUCAUAUGCACCCUAAAUUUCCACUUCAGCUCUCCACAGAUACCUUCAAACAUACCCUCUCUCUAAAUUUAUAUCCUCAAAAAAAUUUAAAUAGCCCACCACGUCCAGUUAGUGCCACCAUGUGUGCAUGAGUAUCCCCUUACCAGUGGCUGCACUCUUGUUACAUGCCUUCAGCCUACUGCUUCUCUGUGGAGGUAUCCAUUGCUAAGGUCUGAACGUCGCCUCUAAAUUCAGUUUGUCAUUGUGCGGUUGGAGAGUGUAAGACUAUUGGAGACUGGGCAUGUGAGGAAGAGGUUAGGCCUUCUGGGUAGGAGGGCAUGGGGGAAGGGAAAGGCAACAUGCACACCUCUGGCCUGAGAGGUACGGGAUGAAGCCUCGUUGCCUUGGAUUUCUCUGCCUUUAUAAUUGUAUGGAAGAGAGCUGCUGCUGUUUGUAAAUUGCUCUGUGCACGCUAUUCUUUUGGAUCACCACAACAUUGACAUAGGCGCUAUCUUAGCACUCUUUGUCGCAUGGAAAUCAAGUUACUCUGGGAUUAUGUUUCUCCAUUAGAAACCUAAUCAUUUAAACACAGGAAGUGAAUGUGUGGAUGGACAGUUAAGUUCUGAUCACACGAGGCUGGUGCUCCCUGAGAACCAAUAAGGUUAAGUGCGCAUUCAAAUCAAUAUGAAAUUCAUCUCUAUUUCAAAUACCCCACGCCCAUCGCUGAAGUCAGAUAUAUUUAUUAUGGUUCUAGGAACGUAUGACGGGUUUGUUUAGGUGAAUUCACUAUACCAUGGACUCAUCCCCUUCCUCCAGUAGUACUGCCUUCAUAUGCUACCAGUAAUGGCCAGCUUGCAUGCCAUCCUGUGCGACCCACAUGCACUGUGACUCACACAGCUGCUUCUGGUUGGUUCCUAUCCGAUCUGCUCUUCAACCCAAAACCCUGUUCUUGGGGACUGUGAGUGCUGAGAGAAGGCUGCUUCAUGCCAUACCAGCAAGAUGCUAAAGAGUCACUAUUGCCCUAUGGUGUCUACUUUUCCUGUUAGAUGCAACUAUUCUGUGUACUGGAGAUGGGCAGGCAACUGGUUGUGUGCCAUUGGCCUGUGCUGGGCAAGAAGGGUAGAGGGAGGGACUUCUCAGGCUGAAGAAGCCUUGUACUUCUGGGGUAAAUGAAGCAGAAAUGGUCCAGUUUUGGAGUCUGGUAGGCAGUAAGUGUUAACAUCUUUGUGCUUAUUUGGAGGAUAAUUUUAUGCUUCACUCUUAAUAGAAGACAUAUUUCUUAGUUAGGGUUUUACUGCUGUGAACAGACACCAUGACCAAGGUAACUCUUAUAAGGACAACAUUUAACUAGGGCUGGCUUACAGGUUCAGAGGUUCAGUCCAUUAUCAUAAAGGGAAGAACAUGACAACCUCCAGGCAGGCAUGAUGUAGGAGGAGCUGAGAGUUCUAUAUCUUGAUCUGAAGGUCACUAGGAGAAGACUGUCUUCCAUGUGGCUAAGAGAAGGGUUUCAAAGCCCAUCCCUACAGUGAUACUCUUCCUCCAACAAGUCCAUACCUCCUAGUGUCACUCCUUGGGCCAAGCAUAUUCAAACUGCCACAACAUACCUGCAUAUUUGAAUAUAAAUUUUAAGAACAGUUUUAGAGUUAUAGGAAAAGCAGGCAGAUAUUGAAAUUCCAUGUGUAGCCCACAUUGCUUUCUCUAAUAGCACUUUGCAAUAGUAUGGCAUGCCACAUUUAAUCAACAAAUAUUGACAUAUUAUUAAUAACUAAAGGCUACCUUUCUAGUUUUAUUAAUUUCAACCUGAGGAUUCUUUGUUAUUCCAAAAUCUCAGCCAGAAAGCCAUAUCCACAAAGUUCUCUGGGCUGUGACAUUUUCUCAGGAUUUUCUCAUUUUGGAUGGUCAUGGCAGUUUUAGAGAGUAUCAAGGAAGCAUUCCAUAGAUUGUACCCCUUGCUGGGACUUGUCUGAUGAUUUUCUCAAUGGCGUGGGACUACAGGAUUCUUUUAGAGGGAGACUAUAGUGACAAAACAUGUCAUUCUUGUCACACCACAUCAAGUGCACACUCCAUUAGUGUGCCUCAGGAUGGUGACAUUGAUUGUAACUUCAGGUUAAGCAGUGCUUGCCAAGUUAUAUUUACUGUAAAGUCUCUCCUACCUGCCCCUCUGUACUCUCCUUGGAAGUCAUUGCGCUCAGUUCUAACUGAAAGAGAGAAAACUUGCUUCUUUCCUCCAUGAGAGUAGAGCAGCUAUGGGAGUCAUUGAGGAUUCUGCUUGGGAGAUUUGUCUACUCAGCCGCAUUCACCUAUUUAUUCAAUCAUUUAUAUCAGUAUAGAUCCAUGAAUAUUUAUCAUAUACAUUUUAUAAUACAAUACAACACAAUAUAAUGCAACGCUUCUUUGUUUCUCAUAUUGUUCAGGCUUUGGACACACACACACACACACACACACACACACACACACCCACACACCCCACACAGUACUGAAGAAUGAAGUCAGGGAGUGGCACUAUUUGAAAGGAUUAGAAGGAAUAGGAGGUGUGGCCUUGUUGGAGGAAGGGUUUCACUGAGAGUGGGCCCAGAGUCUCUCUCUGCUUGUGGAUAAGGAUGUAGCUCUCAGCUAAUGCUCUAGUGCCAGGCUUGCAGUCAUGCUCCCUGCCAUGAUGAUAAUGGACUGAUCUUCUGAACCUGCAAGUAAGCUCCAAUUCAGUGCUUUCUUGUAUGAGAGUUGCCCAAGGUCAUGCUGUCCCCUCAUAGCAACAGAGGAGUGACUGAGACAGCCUGUGAGCUUUUCAGUGCUGUCUCUUCCUUCCAAAGGCUCUCAGGGCUGCAGAAACACAAGAGGAAAGGCACAAUCACAAGAGGAAAGUAGCAAUAAGGUGCUGUCCUGUGUGAAGAUGGGGCUCUGGCUGGAGUUGACACUGAGCACAGAUCCCAGCCAUUUUAAAGAGACAAAAACCAUAAUUCUGGGUGGUCAUUCUGGGAAAGCCAAUGAACUCGUUAGAACCUCAGUUUCCCCAUUGGUUCAAAGACGUGGAGACGAAUAACUAAUUCUACAAAUAUAUUUUGAUGAUACUCUUGGGCGAAGAGACGUCUCAGGAGGCAUGACUUAAGAUCAUGCUAUAAAUGAAGAGGACAUGUCACGUGUGGGAGGCAGCUUACACCCCUGUUUGUGUCCUCUGCCCUCUCUAGCUAGGAGCACAUCAAGUUCUCAAUAGCCUUGCCCUUCAUAUGACUUCAUAUGAGUUCAACCAUGUGGCCCUUCAUUGUCACUUCAGCCCCAGUGUUUUCUAGAAGUUUGUCACAAGGUACUCACCAUGCUUCUCACUUUGCUAUGAUUUUAACACGAAGGCUACAGUGCUCUAGGCCAUAGCUGCAGCUGUGCAAAGGCUGAGUUCCCCCCCUCCCCGAGCUAUGAGGUUUCCCUUUCUAGUUCCAACUCAGGGCUCAGGUGAGCUGCAGAGCAGGCAUCUUGCUUUUCCAAAGAGUGGUUGAUCCAGGGAGAGUCUGGGUCUCUUAACUGAACACAUACUUUCUUCAUCCCAUCCUGUUGCCCUUGAUUUAGAGAGUAGCCAGGAAAGAACAUGAUAAUUUUCUCCCAAUUUAGUGUUUUUUAAACAUAAACCAUUUAUGCACACAAAUGUUGAAGAAGGAGACAUUUGGCUUUAUACAAGGGUAAAAGAAAUGAACCUCUGGGCAUUAUUUGUUGACUAAUUUUAAAAGUCUAUAGUUCUCUAUAUGAAGGAUUAUUGCCACAUUAUUUUUCUGGAAGGUAUUGUCUUCCAUUGAAAUAAUUGUAGUAGGUCAUAUGCUGAACUUUUUGCUUAGCAAACCCAACUGCAGUUUAGUCUACACCAGCGCUUCUCAACCUUCCUAAUGUUGUGACCCUUUAAGAUAGUUCCUUGUAUCAUGGUGUUCCCUAACCAUCAAAUUAUUUUGUUGCUACUUUAUAGCUGUAAUUUUGCUACUAUUAUGAAUCACUCUAAAUAUCUGAUAAGCAGGAUAUCUGAUAUAAUAUCCCAAAGGAGUCACUAUCCAUUGGUCUGAAAUAUCAGCCGUAAGUUCUACUUGUUCAAUUUGUUAGAGGGAAAGAUCAGAAAAGGGCCUAAUUCCUUGAGCUACUAUUAGUGGAUCCUUAUGCUGGGGGUGUGGGCUGUGUGAAAUAUAAAUGUGGAAUAUUCCUAUGCCUCCAUUCUUGUUUCAUUGGGUCACUUCCUUCCAUAAAGUUAACCUAAAGCAACUUCAAAAAUUUCUGGUCACUUCUAAGCAUUAAAGACCCUCUAGUCACUAAUAAAUAGAACCAGGACAAUGUAAAUAUCCAAGUGUGAGUUUCAUUUAUUGUCACAACACCCUCACCUUUCUAUGUCUAAGCCCAGACAAGCUUGCUUACUGCCUACAGUAUAGUCAGGGGAAGUUAGUCUUUGUCUUCUUGUCUUCUCUCACAUUUAUUUAUCAUUGUGCAUCUGCCUCUCCUCACUCCUGAUCCCUGCAGGGUUGGCCAGGAGCAAAGGCAGGGACUGGAGAACACUAGAGCAUGCUUUCUGGAUCUUUAGCAUAUGUUAGAACCUAUCCCCCUUUCAAGGGCCCUUCCGGGGACUUUAUGGAUAUACUUUCUUGUACCCUAGCCCUGGGACUUGGCACCUGUGAGUCGCUCAGUGCAUGUGCAGCCAUGGCAUUGAAGCAUAAGUUUGAGUCAGCUUUCAUAAUCAUGAGAGUUCUUCUUGAGUCAGUUGUCUUCUUGGCAUAGAUCCAAAUUGCAGUGACCCUGAUUUUUGCUAAACAAAUAAACAAAAAUCCCAACAACAAACCCCAUAAAAUAUUUUUUCAUCUUUAUUAACUUGAGUAUUUCUUAUCUACAUUUUGAUUCUUAUUCCCCUUCCCAGUUUCCGGGUCAACAUCCCCCUAGCCUCUGUCCUUCCCCUUCUCUAUGGGUGUUCCCCUCCCCAUCUUCCCCCUAUUAUCCCAAAAACCACGUUCACUGGGGGUUCAGUCUUGGCAGGAUCAAGGGCUUCCCCUUCCACUGGUGCUCUUACUAGGCUAUUCAUUGCUACCUAUGAGGUUGGAGCCCAGGGUCAGUCCAUUAAUAGACUUUGGGUAGUGGCUUAGUCCCUGGAAGCUCUGGUUGCUUGGCAUUGUUGUUCAUAUGGGGUCUCAAGCCCCUUCAAGCUCUUUCAGUCCUUUCUCUGAUUCCUUCAACGGGGGUCCCGUUAUCACUUCAAUGGUUUCCUGCUGGCAUUUGCCUAUGUAUUUGCCAUAUUCUGGCUGUGUCUCUCAGGACAGAUCUACAUACGGUUCCUGUCGGCCUGCACUUCUUUGCUUCAUCCAUCUUAUCUAGUUUGGUGGCUGUAUAUGGAUGGGCCACAUGUGGGGCAGGCUCUGAAUGGGUGUUCCUUCUGCCUCUAUUCUAAACUUUGCCUCCCUAUUCCCUCCCAAGGGUAUUCUUGUUCCCCUUUUAAAGAAGGAGUGAAGCAUUCGCAUUUUGGCCAUCCUUCUUGAGUUUCAUGUGUUCUGUGCAUAUAGGGUAAUUCAAACAUUUGGGCUAAUAGCCACUUAUCAAUGAGUGCAUAUCAUGUGUGUUUUUCUGUGAUUGGGUUACCUCACUCAGGGUGAUAUUUUCCAGUUCCAUCCAUUGCCUAUGAAUUUCAUAAAAUCAUUGUUUUUGAUAGCUGAGUAAUAUUCCAUUGUGUAGAUGUACCACAUUUUCUGUAUCCAUUCCUCUGUUGAAGGGCAUCUGGGUUCGUUCCAACUUCUGGCUAUUAUAAAUAAGGCUGCUAUGAACAUAAUGGAGCAUGUGUCUUUUUUUAUAUGUUGGGGCAUCUUUUGGGUAUAUGCCCAAGAGAGGUAUAGCUGGAUCCUCAGGUAGUUCAAUGUCCAAUUUUCUGAGGAACCUCCAGACUGAUUUCCAGAAUGGUUGUACCAGUCUGCAAUCCCACCAACAAUGGAGGAGUGUUCCUCUUUCUCCACAUCCUCGCCAGCAUUUGCUGUCACCUGAGUUUUUGAUCUUAGCCAUUCUGACUGUUGUGAGGUGAAAUCUCAGGGUUGUUUUGAUUUGCAUUUCUCUUAUGACUAAAGAUGUUGAACAUUUCUUUAGGUGUUUCUCAGCCAUUCGGCAUUCCUCAGCUGUGAAUUCUUUGUUUAGCUCUGAACCCCAUUUUUUAAUAGGGUUAUUUGUCUCCCUGCAAUCUAACUUCUUGAGUUCUUUGUAUAUUUUGGAUAUAAGGCCUCUAUCUGUUGAAGGAUUGGUAAAGAUCUUUUCCCAAUCUGUUGGUUGCCGUUUUGUCCUAACAAGAGUGUCCUUUGCCUUACAGAAGCUUUGCAGUUUUAUGAGAUCCCAUUUGUCCAUUCUUGAUCUUAGAGCAUAAGCCAUUGGUGUUUUGUUCAGGAAAUUUUCUCCAGUGCCCAUGUGUUCGAGAUGCUUCCCUAGUUUUUCUUCUAUUAGUUUGAGUGUAUCUGGUUUGAUGUGGAGGUCCUUGAUCCACUUCGACUUAAGCUUUGUAUAGGGUGAUAAGCAUGGAUCGAUCUGCAUUCUUCUACAUGUUGACCUCCAGUUGAACCAGCACCAUUUGCUGAAAAUGCUAUCUUUUUUUCCAUUUGAUGGUUUUGGCUCCUUUGUCAAAAAUCAAGUGAGGCUUGAAGUUCUUAUCAUACAGAUCUUUUACUUGCUUAGUUAAAGUCACACCGAGAGAUAUUUUAUAUUAUUUGGGACUAUUAUGAAGGGUGUUGUUUCCCUAAUUUCUUUCUCGGCUUCUUUCUCUUUUGUGUAGAGGAAGGCUACUGAUUUAUUUGAGUUAAUUUUAUACCCAGCCACUUUGCUGAAGGUGUUAAUCAGGUUUAGUAGUUCUCUGGUGGAACUUUUGGGAUCACUUAAAUAUACUAUCAUAUCAAUCUGCAAAUAGUGAUAUUUUGACUUCUUCUUUUCCAAUCUGUAUCCCUUUGAUCUCCUUUUUUUGUCUGAUUGCUCUGGCUAGAACUUCAAGAACUAUAUUGAAUAAGUAGGGAGAGAGUGGGCAGCCUUGUCUAGUCCCUGAUUUUAUUGGGAUUGCUUCAAGUUUCUCUCCAUUUAGUUUAAUGUUAGCAACUGGUUUGCUGUAUAUGGCUUUUUUUAAAGGGGGUGAUUAUUUAUUCUGACUCAUAGCUCAGGGGACACAGCCUGUCAUGGUGGGGAAGGCAGGGCUUGGUGAAAGGAGUGUGUGGCUGAUCCAUGGCUAGGGCUGAACUGGGAUCAUUAUCCUCUGGCCUCACUCCUACAGCCCUAUGACUGUCCCCAAGUCCCAGAUAUUCCUCAACUUUCUCAGACAGCACUGCCAGCUGGGGACCAGAUGUGCAAGCAUGUGAGCCUGUGGGUGACAUUUUAAUCUAAACCAUAACAACCCCUGGCUGCCAUAGGCUCAUGGCCAUCCUCUGGUGAAAACUGUGUUCAGUCCAAGUUCAAGAUUCCCUGUAGUCUUAAUGGUUCCAAGACUGUUCAAAAGUCCUAAGUCCAGAGAGUCUUCUGAGACUCAAAGCAGUUUGCUAACUAUGAGCCUGUAUGGUUGAGGCAUCUGCCUCCUGCCCCCACCCCCUGCCAAGGAGCUCCCUAGCUACCACAGUUUGCAUUGGCUCUUUUUAGUUGGAUAGCACUUCCACUUCUCUACACUUUUGAAGUUGCCUUAACAUCCACAUUGUGAUUUCUGAUUCUCGUCCACUCUUCUAGCAGAGUAGACUUUUUUUUUAGGGUGAUUCUUUCUAUCCACUCUCUCACACAGGGACAGCUUCUGAUUCGUCAUUUUACCUCUGUAUUCUCCUCUUAAAUGCGUGCUUAUUCCCCUUUGCCCAUGAGCUGGAGCAGCACUGUCUUUGGCCUCCAUAAACUUUGAGAAGUGUCCAGUCCUGGUAUGAGCCCUUUUCAUUUGCCCUCAGAAUUGGGGCCAGAAUUUAGUGAGUCAGAUACCUGAUGCCUGUUUGUGAAUUCUUCAUCUGGGGGUUGAAUUAAGCCCUUUUUUUCUGGGCUUUGGUGAGACAGGUUUGGUCUACUUUUCUCAUCUAAAGUGGAAGAGAUGUGUUAGAAGUAAGGUCUUUAAAAUUCCUCUCAUUCCCCAAUUCCUGAUUCUCUUUCAUAAUGGCCUCAAAGUACAAGUACAAGAGAAAGUAACAACAUCCCACCUCCACACUACUCUUUUUUUUUUUAAGAAUCCAACAGUGUCCUUAGAAUUCACUUUUAAUAUGCCAUCGAAUGUUGAGGGAUUUAAGCACAGCAGUAGGAAUAAAUGGCCCCAUUAUUACACUUUGCAUAUAAAUAUGCAUUUGUUCUAGUACACGUGGUUCAGCUUUUAUAAUCUAUUGACAAUCAAAUUACUUAACUCAGUUAAUUGAAAGAAUAAAAUGAAAGCUAGUCUUUGUAAUACACAACGCUCUGCUCUGCACAGAUCUGAAUGUAUUUCCGGGUUAAGUCCCCACCUACAAGGAGUUUUGUGAUUGCAUCUGAUAGAUUGUUCUAAAACUGAACUUUCAGGACCUGGGAAACGAUGAAAAUCUGGAUAUCAUAUUUCCCCAGGAGCAUUAAAUCUAAGCAAUAAAUACUAUGUAGGAUCUUUAAGAGUUGUUGGCUGAGCAGAAUUGACCUGGUCAGGUACAGAGAUUGGAAGAACCUGAAAGUCAUCUUGGAUGUAAGAUUUUAGGAGGACCUUAGAUUUGUUCUAUUUUUAUCAUCUGUGUGGUGAGACUGAUUAUUGGGCCACGUUGUUAUAAAAUUCUUUUUUAUUGGAUAUUCUAUUUAUUUACAUUUCAAAUGUCAUCCCCUUUCUCAGUUUCCCCUCCACAAACCCUCUAUCCCCUCUCUCUCCCUCUGCAUCUAUGAGGAUGCUCCCCUACCCAUCCACCCACUCCUACCUCACCGCCCUGGCAUUCCCCUCCACUGGGCAUCGAGCCUUAGUGGACCAAGGGACUCUCCUCCCAUUGAUGCCAGAUAAGGCCAUCCUCUGCUACUUAUGCAGCUGGAGCCAUGGGUCCCUUCAUGUGUACUCUUUGGUUGGCGGUUUAGUCCCUCAGAAGGGGAUCUGGUUGGUUGGUAUUGUUGUUCUUCCUAUGGGGUUGCAAACCUCUUCAGCUCCUUCAGUCUUUUCCCUAACUCUUCCACUGGGGUCCCCUUGCUCAGUCUAACAAAUGCCUGAGAGCAUCUGGAUCUGUGUUUGUCAGGCCCUGGCUGAACCUCUCAGGAGACAUUCAUAUUCAGGCUCCUGUCAGCAAGCACUUCUUGGCAUCAGCCAUAGUGUCUGGGUUUGGUGUAUAUAUAUAUAUUUAUAUAUGGGAUGAAUCUCCAGGUGAGGCAGUCUUUGGAUGGCCUUUCCUUCAGUCUCUGCUCCAAACUUUGUCCCUGUAUUUCCUUUAGACAGGAGCAAUUCUGGGUUUAAAAAUUUGGAAAUUCUUUAAGUCAUUAGGAUGCAAGAUCAGUGCUGUCCACUGAUCUUAGACUCAAAAGUCUAGGAGACUCAGGGAGACCACCAGAAAGCCCACUGACUCACGAGUACAGGGCAAGGCUGGGAGAUACAUGAUUCUGCUCUCUUUUGCUUAUUGCUUCUCAUCUUGCCCUGUAGGUCCUAGCAAGUCCUUAUCAUUCUACAUUUCAGAUAGCAACAGACACUCGAUAAAUGCUUUGUGACCCUGAGGAACAGGCUCAGAAUUUUAAAACCUUCUACAUGAAGCUAAAGAGCAAAUUUGAUGACUGUAUUCACUCAUUCCUUUGCUGCCACCAUAUUUGCCGACUAAUGAAUAUGUGCCCGUUUAUAUGGCACUGGCUGCAAGAGACUUCAACAUCUAGUGAGGGAGGAACACAACAUGAAGUCUGUGUAAUUCAAAGGGAAGUGCCCUGUGCACAGCAGGUUGCCAAACUACUUCCCUUGAUAAAAAUUAAAUUUACUUGGUUGGCUUUUAGAACAUAUAUUUGCAAUAUAAUUUUUAAAAUAUGAGGGGAAUAUGAUGAUAUUGUUGAUAAUUUCCUCAUCUCUAAGUCCUAGAAAUUUGGAUAGAGAGUAUGCAACUGUGAAGAACAGUCAUUGUGGAAACCCUCCUUCAUGUCUUGAUAUGGACAAAAAAAACAUAAAUGUACAACAGGUGGGUUUUGUUAAUGUGAAAAAACUAUUUGGGCUCUUUUGAAAAGAUGGAAAUCGGCCACAAAAAUAUGAUCUCUUCUUUCUACUAAACAAAGAUCACGAUCAUUUUUUUUCUUAUUGGCUUCAGUGGGCUUCUGGAGUUUUCCGUUCUAAUUGUUCAUUGAUUGCAUGAGUGGAAAGACUAAGAAAUGCUUGAGAGACAUUGGAUGUUGUGUGGUUUUUCCUCACUGACACUUCUGUACAUAAAGGAACUCUCAGUGAUAUUAGACACUUUUGUCAUUUGUGUUCCUUAGCCGUAUAGAAAAGCAUCUUCCCUUAAAGCUGACAGGUGACUUCAAAACAUUUCCUUUCUUUGUGUCAGCCACAAUUCUUUUCUCAACAUGACAGUGAUGAUUUUGCCCACAAUCUUAGUUGUGGAGGUUUAGAAUUUUGUGAUGGACAUUUACUGGGGUUGUAAAAUACCCCUGCAGGGACAAUGGAAGGUGGUUUCCAGUGGCUCCGUAGACACUGUUUAAUGGUAAGAAGUGACACUACAACAACUCAUUGCCAUAGCCACACAGGAGCAGUGAGUGAGUUUCUGCUUUUCAGGUUCGUGUACUUGGUUGCAGGUGCCAUUGUGCACGGUGAGCUUUUAUUCCUCAGAGAAAUAGUCCUGGUUUACCCUGUAUCAGAAGAUCAUAAGCAAACAAUCCUUCUGGAAGUGUCAUAAGCAAGUCCUGAAGAAUAGAUUCUUAUUGCAUCUAAAACUUAAAAAAAUAAUCUUAAUUAAUUCCUAGAGGAUUUCAUACAGUGUAUUUUGAUCGUGUUAUCCUUCACUCACCCCUACGUCUACUCCCUCCACCCUCAACUCCUUACCCGCCCAAUUUUGAGUUUCCUUCCUCCCCUUUUCCAUCACUGCUUUAGGAGGGAGGUUGAUCUGCCAUAGGUCACAAAGUUAAACAAAGGUAGCUCUUCUUCUCCCUGCAGCUGUCAACUACCAAAAGCAGUGGGAUUUUGUACCCACCUCCUUCAUAAACUAUACUCUAAGAGUUUGACUAGAGCUUGUCCAGGAUUUGUGCCUGCUGUCACUAUCCCUAUGAGUUUGUUUGUGAAACUGCCUUAUUGUGACUGCAAAACACGGUUUCCUUGAUAGUAUCUAUUCCCUUGACUCUUAUAAUCUUCCCUCUGCUGUUCUGCUAAGAUCCCUGGCCUUGCUGGGAAGCACUGUGAUAUGAAAGUCCCAUUUAGAGUUGAGGACUCUGCAGUCUUAUUCUCUGAACAUCAACCAGUUGAAGGUUUCUGUGUUAUGCAACUUUAGUUUUUCCAAAUCCUAUUUUUAAUGAUGGUUUUUGAACACUUUUACCUCCAUUUUAUCCCACCACCCACCCUAGGUAGUGGGAAAUAAAGGAUCCAGGUGGGGUGGUGGGGUGGAUCUGUUUAAAGAGGUUCUUUGGAGCAGCUUCCUCUGUGUUGUUUGGAAAUCAGCGGUUCAAUUCACAGGUUAGCAGUGGCAGUUUGAUCCACUCACAAACACUUCACAGAUACAUUAGCAGUGCAGUUUGGUAGAGUUAGAAUAGCAAACAUGAAUCAGCAAUGGUGGCACUAACCAGCAGAGACAGCCAGGCAAGAGGGACUCGGAGGACACCAGGAGAAGUUCUCGGCCAUGCCUUUCAGGGAAGGGAAGAUCAGCGAAGACUUGAGACCCACCAGUGUUGCACCGAUAAUUGUACAAGCAAGCCAAGCUCUGCCCACCCUGUCCUAUUUAUACCCUCCAAACAUCACGUGCCCUCUGUGUGCCUUGUGUCAGGAUGGGUCUCGCCUCAGCAUAUGCCAUAGAGUCCUGACAAAUAGAGCUCAACUAUGCAACGCAACACGAACCAAUAACCAAUACAUGUGUGUUGUUAGCAAAGACUCCUUCAUCACAUGUCCUUUCAUAUGCUUGCUGUAGCAGAACAUCCUCUCUCCUGUGUCUGCUUCAGUGAAACGUUCCUUCAUGAGUCUGCCCUUUGUUUUUCACCUGUAUCCACUUCAGGAAAACAUUCUUUCAUGCGGUUGCCCUAGCAAAACACCAUCCAAUGCAACUGACUCUCCAAAGAACCUUAAGUUUCCAUUUUAGUUGUCAUCUACUGCAAGAAGAACCUUCUCUGAUGGAGGUUGAGAGAUGUGUACCAUCUUUGGGUAUCACAAUAAGCCAUUCGGACUCAUUUUAACAUUGUGUCUCAGAAAAAUAGUAUUAGGUUCUCUUCUAGAGCUUAUGACCUACCUAAUCACAAUGUCUUGGCCUUUUUAACAGCAAUAGGAAUGGGUUCUAGCUAUUCUAGAAAAUCAACUCUAGAACAGGCUUGUGCUUGUCCUUGUUUGGGUUUCUAUUGCCAUGAAAAGGUACCAUGACCAAAGCAACUCUUAUAAGGCAAACAUUUAAUUGGGGCUGGGAUACAGUUUCAGAGGUUUAGUCAUUAUCAUAUGGUGGGAAGCAUGGCAGCAUGCAGGCAGACUUGGUGCUGGAGAAGUUGUUGAGAGUUCUAUAUCUAGAUUGGCAAGCAGCAAGAUGACACAGUGAGCCAAUAGGCAUAGUUUGAGCAUAGGAGACCUCAAAGCUCACCUCCAUAGUGACACACUCUAACAAGGCCACACCUCCUAAUAGUGACACUCCCUAUUGGCCCACUGGGGUCAUUUAUCUUCAAACCACCAGAAUGUAAAAAACAAAACAAAACAAAACAAAACAAAACAAAAAAAACAAAAACAAACCUCCAAAUGGGAUGGCAUUACUCACACUGCAGUAGUUUUCAGAGAAAGAAAUAGUGCUCACCAGAACUCCACCCACAAAGAGACUACUCCAAUCUACUUACCUUGGCCAACCUUCUUCUUCUCCUCCUUCAUAUUGGAAUGAAAGAAAAACCUGCCAGUGAGGUCUGUAAGGCGUCUAGGUAGAAGACUUGAAAAGUCUUUGAAAUAAGCUCACCUUCCACAAAUUGAAAAGAAAAAAAAAAAGAAUCCUUAAGUAUAGGAUGAUGUCAUACAGGUGAAGGCAGGUACAAGAUAGAACGAGGCCUGUCAUUGGACAAGAAGGAAGGAUGGGUAGGAGAAAAGUUUGAGAGAGAGGAGGAGACUGGAACGAGAGAAGGCAGCUGAGAGAACAUUGAAGUUGAUGUUAAGAUUCCUUUCUGCACAUUUACAAGUUGUUAUGAAUAUUCUUAAGGGAUGGAUGUGUACAGUGCUUUGUAUGUCUAGGUGGGCAAUUAUAUCUUAUCAAUUGGGUCAGAGGUUAUUGUGUUGUGUGUUCUUUCAUAUGGAGAUUUAAGUUCAAGAGAGUGUGUGGUGGCUGGAGACACCAGGCUGCCACAGAAUUGGGAUACAUAUUUCUGGCAUGGUGGCAACCUGCCUUGGGAACUAGAUGGGUAGAGAGAUUGUUGCCAGGCCCAGAGAUUAGCCAUCGGCAGUGUGAUAUGGGAUAGAGUAAAGUGGGUGAGAGGCUUUACUGACUGAGAUGAAGAUAUCUACCAGAUAUCUUGGGGCACUGUGGUGCCAGACCUAGUACAGGGUAAAAGACAGCAUUUUUAAAAUAUUUCUCCAGCAACACUUAAAGUAUUGUUGACUACCCAGAAAGGGUCUGAUUACACCAAUGGGCCACAGUGGUGAUGGACAAAGAAGCAGGUCUUGGGCUGAGUGAAGGAGAAUUGUGACUGGUUGGGAAACCCUCGCUGGAUUGAAUUCACAUUUAUAUGCAAGAAACAGCAUGCCCAGGUUCACUGAGCAAGAACUGUAUUUAAUUAACUCACUCCUGUAUCCAGUCUGAAAAAGUUGAAUUAUUGUAUCAGGAGUCAAAGAUCACCUGUGAAAGAGCAGCCCAGUGCAGGUGGGACCAUUCAUCUUAAACUCUGGGGCAUUUUAUACAAGUGCUUAAAGGACUUUAUUGUUAUGAACAUUUCUGUAUAUAUAGCCUGAAGCCAAAGAGUAUAUUUGCAGUGUUAGGAAUGUUUUCACUUACCAUUGGUUGAAUCAUCAACCUCUCUAAGCUGAUGGUGACUUGUCUUCUAGCAUGGCCACAGGUGGUGUUCAACUACCCCUAUGAAGAUAGAACACAUCCUUAUUGAAACACAAAGAACAGUUGUGGUGGACAACUGUAGAAUGGUUUAACAUGGUUUCUGCCUCCUCUUUUUUGAAUACCUUUUAUUUAUUCUUUUUUUUUUUUUUUGGAGCUGGGGACUGAACCCAGGGCCUCGUGCUUGCUUAGGCAAGCGCUCUACCGCUGAGCUAAAUCCCCAACCCCUUAUUUAUUCUUUAUGUAUCAAAAUACAACAUAUUUUGUUCAUACCCACCUCAAUUUCUUCUUCCUCUGAACAUGCUCCAACACAUCACCUCCCUAAAACUUGCUGGUGUGUGUUUGUGUGUGUGUGUUCUAUCUCUUCUACUUUGUCUUUGAGACAUGCUAUUCUCUCUUUCCCUUGACUUAAUCUGUCAGUGAGAAUCUCCUCUGAGCCUUUUGUCCUUUAUUCUAAAUUUUUUUAUUUCUAGGUAUUUUUCUUUGGCAUUUCUUCAGGGGUUUUUAUCUUUUUAUUAAAUUCCUUUUUCAAAUUUUGAAAUGUUUUUAUUAUUCCAAUUCAACUAUUUGUGUGUUUUUUUAGGGAAUAAAGUCUUCAUCCAGGCACUUAUUCUUGUCCCCUUUAAGCUCCUUAAUCAUAUUUAUAAUUAUUAUUGUGAAGUGCUUGUCUUGUGUAUCAGCUAAGUUGCUAUCCUCUGGGACUAUUACAGAGGUGAUACCCAUUGAGUGAUACCCAGUUGGUGGUGCCUGCUGGAACAUGAACUGGCCUUGUUGGCUUGUCCUAUGGAGGCAACCAGAGCUUCAGUGAGCUCAUGCGUGCAAAUGGUCAUACUGUGUCCAGAAUACAGCACCUCAUGGCAUUCCUCCCUAGAUUCUGGCGCCUACAAUCUUUCUGGAUACAUUAAUGGGAGGGAGGGGUUAACACAGUUUAUUCUUGUUGUGAUAGUUUGUGCCUUGAGAGAGAAAAGUGAGGACUAUGCUUUUCACAGAAAUGCUUCCUCCAAGACCUCUGCUUUCUAUUCUAUACUUUUGCAGUCCUAAUAAGUUAGCGUGGUCUUCAUUUAAUAAGAGUUCUAUCUAUAAGAGUCCAAAUUCCUGCAUGGAAGGUAGCUGGGAAAUUGGUUCAGUUGGAAAAGUUCUCCCAUAUUGCUGGCUGAACAGAGGGCCUGAGCAAGCUAAAGUGAUGAUGGGGUGAGGUUCAGAGUCUGAAAAGUCAUCCAGCUUAAAGGUUGCUUCUAAACUGGAAGUAAGGGCUGAGAAGGCUGUAUUUAAGAAGGGGUGUUGUUGGCUGGACCUGUGGAAAGGUAGAGGAGUCAAGGAAGGGCAUUGAACACUCCAAUAUCACAGAGAGUACCCCAGUCUAUCAGACACUUUCUUUGGCUACGUGGUCUGGCCAGAAUCUGAUCCUGAUGGGAUGUCCCAUGAUGAAUAGGAUGGACAUGGCCUCCCUUGAGAGACCUCAGGGAACAGACAGCCUUGACCACACGAUAAAAGAAGUGGCCCAUGGGAUGAACAGGAAACCUAGAAGGACAGGCUGUAGAAAGAAUGGGGGUUAAUGGGGGAUUGUACUGUUGGCAUAGCACAGCUAUUUACUGGCAUUUGGAUAAAAGUUUCUGGAGAUACUGUUUUUCCAUCUGGAUUUAUGGCCAGAAAAGCUACUGGCAAGUGUCAAUAAAGUAGUAUCGCUAUGCCGAUGUUUACUGGGAGUCUGUCAUGACGUUCUCCUGAACCGUAAUGUGUUUAUGUACUUCCCAAACAUCUGUUCUAUUCCUUAAAUGGGCUAAUUACUUUCAGGAAGGCCAGCACUCUGUAAUCCUAAAGUGGUCACCUUCAUCACUGUGAUAACAACUUAAACAGGAGCCAGAGUGUCUUUCAAAUUUGAUUCUCCCGGAAAAAUAUCACAUCAAAUCAAGCAAUUAGUUUUGCUUUUGUUUUUGUUUUUAAUUUGAUUAAAGGUGUUACAUUUGCAAGUCCGUACAAUUUAGCAACUACAGGAAGGAUUUAAAUGUGUUUGGUAGCAAGAGAGUUCAAAUUAUAUGGAGAUUAAAAUAAAAAGAGAGACCUUGGUGAGCUAUCGUUUGAGGGGCAAUGGAUGGAAGUCGGAUUGCUCAUGUCUUCAUGCUCUACUAAGGGAAGUCAUGUCCCUGAACACGAGUUGCUCCGGUGUUUGUGGAAAGCAUGCUGCUCUCAAACCUGAUCUUCAUUUCUUCACUGGUGCUUUGGGAAUGUGGGAAGAGCAUCUUUCUGUGUUUUCCAAAAAGAUGGGGAUUCUUAGGGCUCUAAGAGUAGAGCACAAAGCCACCAAGUUGAUGCCUUGGUUCCAUUGUGUUUAGCAUGGGACCUACCAAAAGGAGAGCAUGGUAUCCACAGACCUGAGAAUUGGAUGGAAAGAAAGACACACCCUGAGUUUGGUGCUUCAGAUGACGUUAAUUAUGCCCAGUGCUUUGCCCAUGCCUUUCUGAGCCUCAGUCCUUCACAAGCAUGUCCAGAAGUCUGGAUGUGAUGAGCAGAGGUGACAUCACUUGUAAGCAUGAGUUGUUCUAGAAAAUGUGAAUCUGCUUCUUUGGAAACCUGUCCUCCAAAUCCUGGGCCUAAGUUUUAACUGACAUGAUCAUGAGUUAGGCCAUUAAGGAUUCCAGUUAGCAAGGCAAAAAGUUUGAGUCUAUUAUUAUUCAAAUGAGAUUUUUUGUGGGUUAACUAACUAUACACUGGGCAACUAUGCACGCAGACUUUGAAAAACACACAUGAGGCUGUUCUGCAUUCAUGGGCUGUGGUGGGGUAGAGAAUAGUGAACAGGAAAUCCAAUAGGGUGACAAGGACUGGGGCAGAAGUGGUGACAAGUACUAUGGUUUGAGUACCAUCUCCAGAACUAAUAUUGGAAUUUGUCAGCCACUGCAACUAUCUUAAGAGGUGCAGAACUUUGAGAGAUCACCAAGGCCAUUCUUGUGGAAGCCAGUUCCAGAUAGGGAAUGGAGAGGAAGAACAGGUCUGGGGAAGAAAUAAAUUAAUUAUGAAGAGGUUGAGUAUUAAAUGGUGAAUAUACAGCAGGUGCUCAAAAAUAUUCAUGGAGUGAGUGAACAUGUGGGUAAAAAAUGUUCCUUCUGGGAAGAGAUCUUUCUCCAAGAUGGAGAUCUUGGGUGACUUUCUUUUCUGAUAUCUUCAAGUUACAGAUGAAAUAUAACUCUUGGGAGUUGCCGUGGUGAUUUAAGGGAAGGAGAUGAGGGGAGAGGAGGGUGCAGGCACCAAAUUCCAGCAAUACCAACCUCUCAGCACAAGAAAUGGCCUCAGGAAGACCUCAGCACAAAGGGACAGUAAGAUAGGCAAAGGUAAGAAAGGCCCAGGGAGAUGGCCUGGUUGGAAAAGGGCUUUGCACACAAGCUUGGGGUUGGAUCUCUAAUACUCAUGUGAAAGUGAGAUCAGUGCUAUGUUUUGGGAAGCAGAGAUACAGGUAUCCCACUGGCUUUGUGGACAGCCAACCAGCUCCAAUUGAAAGUUCUAGGUUCAGUAAGACCCACAUCUCAAAAGAUAAGGUAGAGAGUGAUGGAGGAAGUCUACCUCUGGCCUCUGCUUCCAUGAACCUCACUCACAGUAGCGGAUACAUAUCAAAUAACAUAUGCUAACACACAAUAUUAAAAAAAUCAGAAAAAGAAACUAGUGGAAGAAAUGAUAGAUGAAAACCGAAACAAAACAAAACAACCAAAAAACCAAAGCAAACCAAAACAACAAUAAAACAACCACCACCGUCCCCAGCUCCGAAAAAAAAGAACCAAAAAAAAAAAAAAAAAAAAACAACCACCACCACCACCACCACCACCGCCCAAUCUAAGCAUUUGGUAGUUUGGAGAAACUUGUUUGGUUUGUUUCAGGGUAUUCACACUGAUUGAAUUGUGUCUCCGCCUAAACUCACAGUUUGAAUUCAUUUCCUCCACUUGGGAGUAUCUCCAUAUAAGAACCUUAAGGUGGUUAAGGUUGAGAGAGUGAUGUUCUAUGUCUUAUUAAGCCUUAUCAAGAGGGAGUGCCAACUCUUCAUCUUCCCUCUCCUGCCCUCACCCAUGAAGGCACUGAGAUGCCAGCUCUCUGCAGGUUAGGCAGAGGAUCCUGCUCUCAGAUGGCAGUUUUCCUAACCCAGAGAAAGGAAAUGCAUGCUGUUUUGAGUUCCCUGCCUAUGACAUUUGGUGAUGGCAACCUGAGCUGACUAAGACAGUGCCUGACUCUUCAGAGCUGCUCUUGGUAAAUAUAGUAAUCAAUAUUGUUUCAGUGAAGUGAAUGAAUGAGUCACUUUCAUUGGCAUGCUUACUGAGACUCUACUUCCUCAGAGCUGCAUGAUUGCCACUCAGGGGGCAGGAAGCUAGGGUGCUAGCUAGCCUGAGGGUCCUGACUGUGGGAGAGUGGGAGUCAGCCGUGGUUGUGACUAAAUGCAAGGAAAGGCUUAGGCAAAGACUUAAAACUCCAACCCUCUCCUACACUUUGGCUUUCCUUUUAACCAUUUGGUGGGGUUGGCUUUGAAAUUGGGCACAAUUCUUCAUAGAUUAUGUGAUAUGUGUGUGUGUGUGUGUGUGUGUGUGUGUGUAUGUAUAUGUGUGUGUAUGUAUGUGUGCAUGUGUGUAUGUGUGUAUGUGUGCCUGUGUAUGUAUGUGUGCAUAUGUGUGUGUAUGUCUGUAUGUAUGUGUGUGUGUAUAUGUGUGUGCGUGUGUGUGUGUGUGCGUAUGUCUAUCUGUCCAUCCAUGUAUGUGUAAACUCUCCUAACAUCAGAUGAACCUUCCUGAAUUUAAACGUAUUUAGCCAUUGGUUAUUGCUCUACACAAAGGAAUAACACCCUUAAGCUGACAAUGUGAUUCUUCAAGUAAACAAUAGAUAAAGGCAGGAAAGGGACACUGUGUGACAAUAAUUGAGAUAAUUGCAACUCAUGUGUUACUCAUGGCACUUGCCACGAAAGCCCUCUCUGAAUUAUCUUCUACCACAUGCAAGGCAAGUAAAUAGUACAAAAAGCUUGCAAGGUAUUUGGAAAAAAAUAAAAUUUCCAAGAAAAGAUAAGAUAAAAGGGACUAAAUUCUAUUAAGCUGAGCAUUACCUCUGAAUCACUCAUUGAUCUGUAAUAAAGAGUAGCCAUUACACCUGGCAACCAAGAUAUUGGAAUUAUCUUCAGGUCAUCAUCAGGGAGACAGAGAGUAGAUGUGAGGUCACAGGGUUGGUAACAGGGCUUUGGAUGAGUUAUUGGUUUGCAAAUAUUCUCUCUCUGUAUUGGCAAUGAGGUGGAAUGGUUACUGUGUAUCCGUGCAAUCUUCCAAGCUUCACAUUUCAACAUGUUAAACUUGCAUGGAUGAUUAUAUUUUGAUUACUGUAUUUGCUAAUAUUGAUUACUAUAUUUAUCAAGAGCAACUCUUGGCCAGGUACUGUCUUAGCUCAGGUUGCCAUCAGCAAAUUAAAGUUAAAAGUAUUGUUUUUAAAAAGUCUACAAAUGAAAGAAUGUUAGUAAAAUGAAGGGACUUCCAGGCUUCCCCUUCCCAGGCAGAAGACUCUGAAUGAAGCAAUGACAUCUCUGCAUCCUGAUGCCAAGGGAAGUGAAUGCUGGGAGCCCAGUGCCUGAACGGACUUCCUGAUGGGUUGUAUGUAUUCCAGCAUUUAGGUGAAAAAACUAUGCUAACACAUCAGCCGGUAAAGGUGGAGGAUUGAUUAGAAAGGGUAUACGGGACUUUCUGGGUUGAUUGAAAUAGUCAAAUGCUCUAUACUUUGUUUGACAUGGUUGUUAAUAGUGAAAUAGAUCCAUGUUUGCCAGGUUGUAUACUUAAUAUAUGUACAUUCCAUUGUACAUUAGUUUUUGCUUCAGAAAGUAAUAUUCUAAGGUCAGUGUCUAGGAAGACAAGUAAAAAAAAUCUGCUCAAACUAUCUUUAAAAUGAAGAGCCCUUUAGAGAGGAAACUCAUUAUGUUUCUGCUGUAGAGGAAAAUAGCAUUGAAUCAGGACUCAAGGACAGGUUCUUAGUGAACCUACUCACUGAUUCUUGAGAUGUCAGCACUCUGGCAGCUCUUCUUGAGUUUAGAACCAUCCUGGGCUACGUAGUGAGUCUCAACACGGUCUGGGCUACAUAGUGAGUUCCAGCACAGCUUGGGCUUCAGAUUGAUACUUUGUCUUAAAAAGUAGGAAGGAAAAAAGAAGAAAAGAAAGGACAAAAUGGAAAGAGAGAGAACACAUACACACAUAUAUACAUUCACACAUGCACACACCCAUACAUAUAUGCAUACACACACAUGCACAUAUAUAGGGACAUACAUGCACACAAAUACACACAUACAUACACAUACACACAUACACAUUCGCACACAUACACACAUAUAUAUGGACACACAUACACAAAUAUACACACAUACAUAUAUACACAUACACACAUAUACACAUGCACACACACAUACACAUGUAUACUCACAUACACACACACACAAACAUGCAUAUACACACAUACACCUAAACACACACACAUAAGGACAAACAUAUACACACAUACAUACAUACACACAUAUAUUCACAUAUACACAUGCAUACACACAUACACACAUACUCUCAUAUAUAUGCACACACAAACAUACAUACAUGCAUAUACACACAUACACCUGGACACAAACACACACACACACACACACACACACACACACACACACCAUUUAUAAUCAUGAUAAUGUCCAAACUAUACAGAGCUAAAACUUUUCCAUCUCAGCGCAGGGAGCAUGUUAGUAGCAUAAGCUCUCUUCCAUGGGCUGGAGAGGAAGCUCUGCCUGGUCCUAGCACUGUCUGGAUAAGAACUGAAAGGGAAAGCUUUCAGGUGGAUCAUGCUGCUAACUACUGUUGGCUUCUGCCUUGAGAUGAGAUGGAUUUGACGUUUGAUUUUAUGUCCUCCGUUGCAGUGAAGAUAGGAAGAUAACAUCCUAGCAAAACAGAGUUUUGAAAGUGCUGGACGGUCAUGGUCAUGCGGAAAGUUAGUUUUCAGAGAGAGUCGUUCAGACAGAUGGGGUGUUGUUUUGUCCUUGGAAGUAUCUAGAUAGGAAAUGAGUCCAUAUUUGGUGACCUAAGAGUGAGCAGACAAGAUGCUACAUCUUCAGAUGCUCAGAGUCAGGUCCUUGAGUUGCUCCUCUGUGGCAUGAGGCAACAAAAAUAACUUUUGAGUUCAGGGAGGAAGAGGAUGAAUGACUGAGGACUACAACUGGGACUCAGAAGACAGAGGGAGUGGAUGAUGACCGUGAGGAUAUGCUGGUGCUUGGUCCUAAUCUCAAGAAAGCAGAUGUUUUCUGCCAAGUCAGAAAAGUGAAUCUUCUAAGCAGAAGAAGGAAAAAUAAGGAAAAGAAAAGAAACGCUUUGGGGUUUUUUCAUUCAUCCGACUGAGGCAUCCCCUCCCUGUUGGAGGUGACAAACUAGAAAAGACUGGUUGGGGAGGGAGGAAGGGCCUCUACUCUCAGAGAAGCUGGGGUUCAGGAUAAACUGAGCCUGUACUUAGGUCAGGUGAGGUGAGAGGCAACUGAAAAGGGACGGCGGAUACACGGGAAGGGAGAGUGCAAACUACAGAUUUGGGAAUUGCUUCUUGGAUAGCCAUAGAAGGCAAAGGAGUGUCAGACCUUAGAGAAAAUGGUGAUGCUUUAACGUUGGUGACUGGAGAGACAGCAGUGCUGUGUCUGUGUUGGGGUCGGAGAGAGAAUGAAGAUGGGCGCUGGAACCGGAGGCUACACUGGACAAGAAGUCAAGGAAGUCCAUGGUCUCCCCUUCGCCUGGGCAAGCCACAUAGCCAACAGCAGGACAGUGUCCUCAACAUAAGAGUGAAGAGAGAAGACAGGGAUGAGACCAAGAGAAAAUGAGUGGCUAGAGCAGUGGGGUUGGGGGUCAGGAACCAACAUGGCAUUGUGCCAUGCAUCCCUCCUCAGCCCCUGUCCUGGUGAAACAAAGUUUACCAAGAGGAGUCUGAAAGUUAUUCCUGGAAAUGUCUUACUUGCGAUAGUUCAGGCUAACUGGGAUUGUAAACUUCUCCAGAGCCAAAGUCCCCGAGAUAAUAAUCUGCCUUCUUAUACCCUGCCCAUGCAGAUCUGCAGAUGCCUUUUCUUUCCUCUUUUAUUUUUUACACCAACUUUCCUUGAUGCGCUUGUCUUGUAUUUUCUUUCCUUCUUUUGUUGCAUAGUUUAGUUGGGCUCCCUUGAUGAGUGUGACAUCAUUAUUGACUUAUAGAAGGUGCCACUGUUAUCAGGACUCAACACUAUCACCAACAAAGGAUUAACAAACUCUCUCUUUUUUUCCAAUAUUUAUUUAUUUGUUUGUUCAGCUGUGCAGUGCUAGAUCUCAAAUCCACGACUCCCCAAUAUGCUAGGCAAAUGCCUUAUUACUCAUACCACAACUCUCAAUAUUUAUGUAUAUUAGAUAUUUCUGGUCAUUGCCUAUUGUUGAGGGAACUUGUCUAUGUUCUGAUAUCAUGGCCUUCAGUCUUUCCAAGCAUAAAAAAAGUAUGGUGGCAGCAUGAUACCAUUAGUAUUUUCUUUCUAUUUCUUUCUUAGGCUCAAGGACCACUCAUAAAUCUCUUGGUAACUGCCUAGGGUUCUGGGCCCGGAGACUGGUCACUCCUGGGGUUGCAAUUAGUCAUUUAGGCUUCCUGUGUCCUGGAACCCAGAGUGAGGGCACAGUCAGGGUACCUCAUUACUCUGUGUUGUAUUGUGGUAGAGAGAAGCACUAAGAAACAUGUGUGUCUACCGGAAGUACAAGACCUCUGUCUACAACCAACACUACUACAGCUGUGAUCACUUUAAAGCAAAGUUAUUUUAUGCUCCUAACUUUAAGAUUAAAAUAAUGCCUCUUUUUGGAUGUGUUUGCAGACAGUAGUCAGUGGGCUAUUGGUAGAGAGGCUGGUGGGCUUAACUAAUGAAGUGAGGGAGUCUUGUAUUUCAGUUGGAAACAUAUUCCUGGAGCGCCAAAAUUAUUUAUUGCCAAGUCUGAUUUCCUUAUGCCACUGUUAGCAUGGUCACUGAGCAUCUUAUUCGGAAGGAAAGUGGGGCUAGAUACUUUACCCAAAUGUAUCCCAGAAGGCUUUCCUUGUUUUAUUACAUUGUUUAGGAAGAAACUCCCCUCAGCAUAGUUUGUAAACUUGAUCUCAGCACACUUUGACUGCCAUUCUACUUUAUCUGUGGUUUACAGACAUCUCGGUGUCCCUCUCUUUAGCAGAAAGCACUGGACAUUUCUGGCUCCACAGGUAGGGAGCCAAGGGGGCUGGAGUUUCUUCUAGGAAUGCUGAUUCUAGUGGUGCUACUGCCGUCCCUCAGCAGCCAGCCAGUCUCCCGGACUCCGGCUGCCAUUCAUUCAGCGUCCUGCAGAAGCCCAGCUGCCGCGUCUGCCGGGAGGGGCUGCCAAGUGCCCUGCCUACUGGCUGCUUCCCGAGAGUCCCUGCCACUCCACAUACAAACACAUCCACACACGCUCUGCCUUGAUCACACACCGCGCCACUCGAUCAUUCGAGCACAUUCCUUCCUUCCGUCUUACUGUCUCAGCUCUUGACUUCUACAAACCCAUGGAACAUUUCUGGAAAGACGCUUUUGAACCAGCAGGGUAGGAUCGGUGUUUUGAUUUCCCUCUUUCUGUGUAGCUUGAGCGGUUUGAGAAAGCAACUUACCUUUCUGCCUAGUGUCUGUAUCCUAGCUGGAGAAGGAGGCUGUGCUGGUUUUCUUUUGGGGGGUGGGGGGAAAUCUGUGCCGCUCUUUUUUUUUUUUUUCUGCUUUCUGGACUUGUAGGAUUCUCUGUGCCAUUUAUAUGUAAUUUGGCAGGCUCAGAUUUUUAAAGAGCCUCGUCUGAAGUGCUUGCUUUUGCAUGUGUUUUAAAAAAGGCAUUUGGAAAUUGAAAGUGUGAUUUAUGGAAACUAAAUCAUCUACGAAAAGAUUGCUCUAAAAAGUAAUGGUUGCUGGCCAUAGAGAGAAAUAGCUACGAUUCACCUCAUGUAUUUUUAACCCUUCCUUUGCUGUCACUGAUACUUAUAGGUGCUAAACUCAACUUUGUCUUUAGAUUUAAGUCAGCUUAGCUGUGGCUUAUCCACAAUUACCCGUUUUUCUAAGAAUUAGAUAAACAGUGUGCUUAGCAAAUGUUUUUAAAGUGUAACCACUAGUAAGAGCAACCUUGGCAUUUGCAUGUGUCAGGAACUGUUCUGGAUAUAUGGACUAGCAACUAAAGCCACAUGUUAACGGUUAUAUAGGGGACAUAGGGUUGGGGUAUACACAGUUUGGUAAGAAGGUACAAACUAUCCAAGAUAGCAUCUUUUUUUUUCUUUCUGCAAUGACAGGUGCAUGUGUGUGCGCAGUCAGGAUUUAAUUCAAUACUGAAUUAAAAACUUCCUUUAACCUCUUUGCCAUUUGAAUAUUAGAUUCUGUGUACCCUAUGCUAAGUGAACCCAGAGGCUCCAUUUGUAGAAUUCAAGAGCUGAAAGGUAGGAGAGCCUUUCAAAAGUUUCUGGUUAGACAGACAAGGCUGCGUGAUUGCCAGAGCUUUAGUUAAUGACCCCAGGUGAUAUUUUAUGGGAAAACGUCUUAUUUCAUGCUCGGUUUCUUCAAGUUUUGAUUGCAUAACCUGUGGAAGGCAGGGACACCCAAGUGUGCCUAACCGAAGGUUUUUCUGAAUCAUAUUCACAUGAGGAUUUCUAAAAGAAGCAAAUUUGGCACCGGGGUCCAACAAAAACAGAAAAACCAAGCUGGGCAAAUCUGCCAUGGCUGUGCUGGAAGGGACCCCUUGGGGAGUGUUUUUUUUUUUUUUUCCAGGCGAGGAAACUGAAGGCUUCCUUGACUCCAAGUGCAGCUCUUCCUAUACACGGUCCUUGUCCGCUCGUUUGGCCCUAGAUGCCUCCUAUCUGCGUCCGCUGAUGCUAAAUAUAGCUGUCUGUGGCUGGCUGCAUAUGCAAUCAUACACCCCAUCCUAUUUGCCAUAUCUCAGUUACAGAUACAGUUACUGUCCCUCCAGGGUCAUUCUAUGCACACACCACGCAGUUCCAGCCAACAAGACUGAAUCAAACAGAAAGGGAGACAAGCAGAGACAGAUUGGAGCCUGGCACAGGUACACAGGCAACACAUCAGGAAAAAAAGAAAGAAAAGAAACCAGCCUGUGGCUCAGUCUGCAUUUGUUGCAAACCUAGUCUUCCCUGGAGUGGGGGUGGAGGUUGCGGCUGCUGGAGAUCCCUCUGCCGCCUUCACCCCCUGCAGCGAAAUCUAGCAGCGAAGACCAGGAAAGUUAAGUUCAGGGAAGAUAGCGGUUCUUAGGGUGCGCGCGCGGUGUGAUGUUCCUAUAAGUGCCUGGAAGCUGCAGCCCCUGGUCCGAGGCUUCCAGCAGGUUUGCGAUGUCUAAGAACAGGGGAGACCAGUCUGCAAAGUUGGAGAGCCCGUGGCUCAUCCGCUGCUGAGCCCUCUGCGUGCGCGGGAAGCCAGUCUGUACCUCGGCGGCUGCCACUGACCAUGACCAUGACCCUUCACACCAAAGCCUCGGGAAUGGCCUUGUUGCACCAGAUCCAAGGGAACGAGCUGGAGCCCCUCAAUCGCCCGCAGCUCAAGAUGCCCAUGGAGAGGGCUCUGGGCGAGGUGUACGUGGACAACAGCAAGCCCGCCGUGUUCAACUACCCCGAGGGCGCCGCCUACGAGUUCAACGCCGCCGCCGCCGCCGCGGCCGCCGGGGCCUCGGCUCCGGUCUAUGGCCAGUCGAGCAUCACUUACGGUCCGGGGUCCGAGGCGGCCGCCUUUGGUGCCAAUAGUCUGGGGGCUUUCCCCCAGCUCAACAGCGUGUCGCCCAGUCCGCUGAUGCUGCUGCACCCGCCGCCGCAGCUGUCGCCGUUCCUGCACCCGCAUGGCCACCAGGUGCCCUACUACCUGGAGAACGAGCCCAGCGCCUACGCUGUACGCGACACCGGCCCUCCCGCCUUCUACAGGUCCAAUUCUGACAAUCGACGCCAGAAUGGCCGAGAGAGACUCUCCAGCAGCAGCGAGAAGGGAAACAUGAUCAUGGAGUCUGCCAAGGAGACUCGCUACUGUGCUGUGUGUAACGACUAUGCCUCUGGCUACCAUUAUGGGGUCUGGUCCUGUGAAGGCUGCAAGGCUUUCUUUAAGAGAAGCAUUCAAGGACAUAAUGACUACAUGUGUCCAGCUACAAACCAAUGCACCAUCGAUAAGAACCGGAGGAAGAGUUGCCAGGCCUGCCGGCUGCGCAAGUGUUACGAAGUGGGCAUGAUGAAAGGCGGGAUACGAAAAGACCGCCGAGGAGGGAGAAUGUUGAAGCACAAGCGUCAGAGAGAUGACUUGGAAGGCCGAAAUGAAAUGGGCACUUCAGGAGACAUGAGAGCUGCCAACCUUUGGCCAAGUCCACUUGUGAUCAAGCACACUAAGAAGAAUAGCCCCGCCCUGUCCUUGACAGCUGACCAGAUGGUCAGUGCCUUAUUGGAUGCUGAACCACCUUUGAUCUAUUCUGAAUAUGAUCCUUCUAGACCCUUCAGUGAAGCCUCAAUGAUGGGCUUAUUGACCAACCUGGCAGACAGGGAGCUGGUUCAUAUGAUCAACUGGGCAAAGAGAGUGCCAGGCUUUGGGGACUUGAAUCUCCACGAUCAAGUUCACCUUCUGGAGUGUGCCUGGUUGGAGAUCCUGAUGAUUGGUCUGGUCUGGCGCUCCAUGGAACACCCGGGGAAGCUCCUGUUUGCUCCUAACUUGCUCUUGGACAGGAAUCAAGGUAAAUGUGUAGAAGGCAUGGUGGAGAUCUUUGACAUGUUGCUGGCUACGUCAAGUCGAUUCCGCAUGAUGAACCUGCAGGGAGAAGAGUUUGUGUGCCUCAAAUCAAUCAUUUUGCUUAAUUCUGGAGUGUACACAUUUCUAUCCAGCACCUUGAAGUCUCUGGAAGAGAAGGACCACAUCCACCGAGUCCUGGACAAGAUCACAGACACUUUGAUCCACUUGAUGGCCAAAGCUGGCCUGACUCUGCAGCAACAGCAUCGCCGUCUGGCCCAGCUCCUCCUCAUCCUUUCCCAUAUCCGGCACAUGAGUAACAAAGGCAUGGAGCAUCUCUACAACAUGAAAUGCAAGAAUGUCGUGCCUCUCUAUGACCUGCUGCUGGAGAUGCUGGAUGCUCAUCGUCUUCAUGCCCCCGCCAGUCGCAUGGGAGUGCCCCCGGAGGAGCCUAGCCAGAGCCAGCUGACCACCACCAGCUCCACUUCAGCACAUUCCUUACAAACCUACUACAUCCCCCCGGAAGCAGAGGGCUUCCCCAACACCAUCUGAGAACUCCCAGGCUCCCCACAAGGUUCUGCGAAUCCCUGAAACGUUUUACCCAUGUCCUGUAUGACUUUAGCAGAAUUCUGUCUCCUGCGUACACUCUGGCAUGCAUCCACCACCAGUGGCUUUCUAGUACGAGUGGCCAUUCAUUUCCUUGAUCAGUUGUUAGUGGCAUGUCUUCUGUUAGGAACAGCCAAAAGGGAUUCCAGGGCUAAAUUUUGGUACCAGCUCUCUUUCCUCCCUUUGCUACAUCACUAACUAUGAGGAUUCCUGUAGUCUUCAGUCUUCAUGAAUGAAUUGAGAUAACUGCAUUGAAGCUACUUGUUGAGACCCAAGCCUAGAGAGUAAACAUUUCACCUCUAAUAAGCACUUCAUAAUUGCUCCAAGAGUAAGCCUCAGCAAAGACUUCAAAGUGGCUCUUUUAAUUGAAGCCAUUGAGAAAGGUAUCUCAUGGGUUCCUUAUAGCACCCUCUUGCAUUCUAUAGCAACAUAUGACUUUAUUAAAGGGAAAUCUUGAGCCCCUAUAGGAAUACACGAUGCACACAGGAAAGGAAGAUUCCCCCAGUUGUCAAGACCAUGCCAACUUAAUACAGUCCACCUUCUGGCUUCUAAAGGGUCAGCUGCUGACAUACAUACAUCAUGGGUUCUAGACAAUUCUUACUUCCCAUGACUUGUGGGAACCAGAAAGUCAGUUUCAGUUAAUACCCUGGAAUGAAUUACUCUCUUUUAUGAGGGCUGUAAGGUGUAUUGAUUUUAUUUGAUUUUCAUUUUAUAAUAGACUUCUGCCUCUGGGGCUUGCAAUAAAGGCAGCUUGGGGACCUGUUCCAGUGAAUCUAACAUUCUUCAGCACAGGAUGUCUCUUCCCUGAUGUGAAUUGCCCUAAAUUGUUACCAUGUAGAUCAACCAAGGGCAGUCACAAUGAAUCUGCAAGUUGAUGAUACUUUUUUUGGUUUUUUUCUAGUUUUAUUCUUGGGCCCAGGGAGCAAAUACAUGGACAGUGACUGUGACUCAGAGGAAUGCGAACACGAAGAAAAGUAAGACCUGGAGAAUGACCUGGCCAGGGCCAUAGCUUCACAGGUCCCCCAAUGCACAGUGAGGCUGCCUGUGAUACAUGGUCUGGCUUCAUUUACAUUUCAGGUAUGAACCUGAUUGGAAAGAGCUGACAGUAGAUACCUGUGUUCCUAUAGAUGCUCCAGAAGCUUGAGGAAAGGCAUUGGGGCAAGGUCUUGGGACAUACAUGACUCAAGCUGCUAAGAAGUUGUUCAGAGUAGAGUGUCCUUAACUAUUUAAAACUCAUCCAAAAACCAGCUAGUAAGGCCUUAGGGAGAAAAAUUCCUUCCCUGACACAGUUCAUGUUCUUAAAUUUCAUAAGUCAGAGAGGAAGACCAGAAUUAGAUCAUGAGAGUCCUUUCAACAGGGGAUAAAAAGAAAGGCUUACUCUAGCCACAUCCACCCAAGACUUCUGGUGUCUUGGUCUCUCUAGGACAACUAAGGAUUUCUUCCUUUUCCUAACCAAAAGGAAAGUUUGGGUCCAUUCCUGACUUCAUGAACACAUUCCUGAACUCCAUUGAGAUGUGAUGGGUUAAUCAACAACCUAGGUGAAUGGCUAGGCUUCUCUUGUUCUGUCCUAUUUGGAAUGGUGGGUUCCAUUAAUUUCUGCUCUCCCAGUUAACUGACUACCAAAGAAGUGAGAAAUUGGGACAGCCAUUUUUUUCUUUCUUUUUAUUUUUUUUAAUUCCUCAUCCUUGUUCAUCAAAUUCUGGGACAAUUUUAUGUAUCUGCUUUAAGAAUGUGUUUAAGAACCUAACUCUUUUGUUUGUGUAUGUUUAAGAAGCACCUUACAUAGUAUAAUAUAUAUUUUUUGUUGAAAUUUAAUUGCUUGUUUUUGGACAAUUGAAUGUAAUAGUUCUGUUCUGGGUUUUAAUUUGAUUGGGUUAACAUUGCAAAAACCAAGGGAAAAUAUUUAGGUUUUUUUUUCUUUUUUGUAGACUUUUCAAACUACUGUGUCAUGUAUGCAGUUAUUAAUGCCUAAAGCCUGGUGAUUUUCAUUUAAAUGAAGAUCACAUUUCAUAUCAACUUUUGUAUCCACAGUAGACAAAAUAGCACUAAUCCACAUGCCUAUUGUUGGAUGUUGAAUGACAGACAAUCUUAUGUAGCAGAGAUUAUGCCUGAGAAGGAAAAUUAUUCAGGGCAGCUAAUUUUGCUUUUACCAAAAUAUCAGUAGUAAUAUUUUUGGACAGUAGCUAAUGGGUCAGUGGGUUCUUUUUAAUGUUUAUACUGAGAUUUUUCUUUUACAAAAAUAAAAACAAAAAUUAAAAAAAAAACCUUCUAGGACUUUAGAUGAUGUAAUACCAGCUAAAUCCAAACAAUACUCUAGUGGAGGGUUUCACAUUAUCCCAUCUACUGUGUUUGUAUUCGUGUUAUGAUAAUAAGUUUGAAAUGGGCAGAGAAUAUCAGACAGCUGAAGUGUUAGCCCACGAGUUUCAAACAAUGUUUGGAAAUAUCUUUAUCCUUAUUUGAAGUGCCAAUUUUGAUCAGCUGACAUCUUUCAGCUGCUAUCAUGUUGGGGCAUUGGGGACAUGAUAGAGAGGCGUACCUGGACUUUCCCCUCACCUGGAGGUAAUUUAAAAUUUGAAUGUUAUAAUCUACCCUAAGAGUCAGCAUGAGGUGCGUAGGGAGAUGUGGGAAUUUGAAUAACAGGUGGGGAGAUGAGAAUAAAGAGUAUGGAAAUUAUUCUGGCACCCUGAAUAUGUCCCAGGUUUCAGAAUUUCACUUCUGUCUGCACUGUAAUAAAAUAAUAACUAUCUCCGUUGGCAGCCAUUUCCAAAAUGGCAGCUUGAGUUCCAAGGAAGAGUUUAGCGGCAGCAGUGAAAUCCAAAGAAAAAUCCAACAUGGGGUCUGCCUAUGUUUCUUUUAGCCAUUGCUUAGCUUGCCAAUUUGAUUCUGGUCAUCCAAAGAAAUGACCCUAUCAAUGUAGGUGACGAACAAAGUCUAGACCCCAAGGAAGUUGUGUCUUUGAUAGAUUUCCCUGGUAAUAUUAAAGAUAUGAUUUUCCAUGCCUGUAUCUUAUGACUUUGGGGCUGACCAAAUAAGCAACUUACUGAUAAUUUCUUUUUAAUCAUAUUGUGGUGUCCAUACUUUGAAGUCUUAUACAUUGAAAGGUCAUUGACUCCACCCAUUGGUUUGGAGUUACCCAUACACCUGCAUGAAGUCAAUUACAAAUCUCUUAUUCAUACCUUGAACCUCUGAGAUGUACUGAGAUACUGAGAAUGAUCACUAGGACCAUAGUAAUGUCUAAUACUCUUAGUUAGACCUGCUUGGGAACCUAAGUCUUUUAAAGGUAAAUAGAGUCAUAGAGUAGCACAUAAGGCAACCAUGAUCCUCUUUGGUACAAAUCUUGGGAGGUUGAUACACUGCGAACUUCCUAGAUUAACUCCAUGAAAAUUUGCUCUUUCAACUGGAGCAAACAAAUUUAACUUUGGUCCCAAACAUCCAUCUUUUCAUUAGUGUGAGUAUGCUCCAUUUCUAGCUUCAUAUCUUAUCCAUUUAAAUUAAAGUGUAGUCUCUUUGUAACGUCUGUUAGACUCACGUUCUAAGUGAUUAUGGCUGUCUCAAUUUUGCACUGUGUUUCAGAGACUUAAGAGAAAUUUCUAUUUGCAUUUCCCCCCUUUCUUUUGUAUCCGAAUGUGCCUGAACUUUUUCAAAUAUGUAAAUGCUGCCAUGUUCCAAACCCAUCUUUAGUGUCUUUGUAUGGAGCUGUGCACCCUGGAAAUAAACAUACAGUCCCAUGAGCAGGUGCCUAAGACAUUGGACCCCUUUGUAUUCACAGAGAGGUCAUAGGUCAUCGAGACUUGAAUUAAUAAGUGACAUUAUGCCAGUUUAUGUUCCUUCACAGCCUACAAACAAUGCUUCUUGUGCACUACAUAUUCUUCAGUGUAGAGCUCUUGUUCUUUUUGAGGAAAGGCACAGAUGCCCAAUUGUGUUUGAUGGAUUACUACACUCUUCUGAUGCAUACUACUAUUGAUGUGAUCCUGUUUUGUCGCAGCUUUGCUUUGUUUAAUGAAACACACUGUAAGCCUCUUUUGCACCUUGAAAUGGUAGAGAAUCCAGUGGGAUGCUCAAGCACCUGUAAACCAUCUUCUAUAAACAUAUUUGAUGUUCAAAUAAAAAUAAAAUAAAGGCAA